AUGAACAACGGCGAUCAAGCAGGGAUAGAGUCUGAAUCGAUUCCGUACGUAUCGGAUAUCAAGGCGAAACUGCAAGAGUUGGCGGUCAUGCAGCUUGAGAUCGAAGAGCUUGCAGUGCAGGCCGAGCUGGAAUCGCUCUGCUCUACCAUCGAGUGCAUGUUGAACGAGAACACCAAGGAGUCGCUGGAGCUGGAAGAAGAACUCUCGAGGAAACCGCACGUGCAGUACACCGACAGCGUCCCUGCCAUGAAACACUUGUUGCAGGACAUCGUCCCAAAGGCACUGAGACAGCAAGUGGCCAAGGCUCAUCUUGGACGCUGGCCCCUCAUGUCCUCGUUCGAGCGACUGACAGCGUGCGAGGAGCUGGCAGGAUGUCGAUUCAGAGGGCAAGGAGUCGUCGAAGUCGAUCCAACAGGGCGAUGGGAGAGAGGAGAAGGGGAGGCGCUUGCAAAGGGUCCUUUCAAGAUGACAUUUGAGGGGUUCGAUGUGAUGCGAGGCGAGCGUGUCGCGUGGAAUUUCGUGAAUAUCAACUCGCUGAGCACAGCAGCUCGUCUCAACUUCAUGUCUGAAGUCUCGUUCCACGGCAACCUCACUGCCGCAAAGGAGCCUGUGGAAGUCAGAGCAAUCUUUGACGAUCGAUGGCAUACCUUCACGGAGGUCAAACGAGAUCCGGUGGGACUGACUGAGAUCGAGUUUGAAACAAGCAACAUCACUCUUGUUCCUGUCUGGAGGAUCGAGUAUCAUCACAACUCAUGGGGGAUGCUGCUUGACUCGAGGCUUCCAGGUCCCAAGGUAGCAAGCAGAAGGAUCGCGAGAGAGCGUGCUCAGGUCCUCUCGUUCUCAGGACAACCAGGAGCGAGCACGAGAUCGUACUGGCCGGCGAAGAACAAAUCUGCCAUGUCCUCUGAUCUCCUGAGGAUCCUGUCGUUGAACAACUUUGCGAAGGAAGAAGAUUUGGAGAUUCUGCGAGAGCUCAAUAUCAAGGAGGUUCAAGACAUUGACGGCAUCGACAUUCGCAGCUUGAGAGGAAAGUUUCCGCUCAUCAGCUUGCAGAGGCUCAAGAGAUUUGCGGCGAGAUGGACGAAGAAGCAGCGAGCAUGGCGGCUGAGCAUGCUCAGCCUCGUGCAGAGUGAGAGGCAGGCAAGGGAGGAGGCGGACGAGGAGCGAGACAAGCUGGAGAGAAUGAAAGCUGAAAUGAUCCGCCUCGGGAGGGAUGACAAGGCAGUGAUGGAGGGGGAGGUAGAGCGAGCGAAAGUCCGUGUGAAGAAGCAGGAGCAGGAGAAGCUCUACGCGGCUGAGAGGAAGGGUUGCACACGCUCCACUGCUGCUGGAGGACCUGAGCCGGUGUACUGCGCAGACAAGACUGUCUCAGGGUUCCACUGGUGGGAGCAGGAGUUGGGGCCCGACCGGGGAAGCAUCUCGAUGGGUCGUGGGAAGAGCCGCGGCUUCACGUGCCUGAACCUCGGGGUCCCCGAUCUUCACAGAGCAGGAGGCAGGACUGGGAGCGGGUGGUUGCAGGGGUGGUUGGGUGGUUGGUCGAGGAUGGGCCAAGGCGGGGAUGAGGGACUGAUGAUGGUCGGCAUGUUGGCGAUGGUGGCGGCGAAGCAGUUCCUUGAGGAAGGAAGCGCGAAGAGAAACGAGGACCUGAUCGAAUUCUCGAAAUGGCUCAGACGAAAUGGCGUCGAUGAUAGCAAGGUCAAGCUGAGAGCCGACGGCGGCCAUGGCAUGGGAAACUCUCUGUACGCGCGGCAGAUGAUCAAGGAGGAUGAGCUCCUCUUCCGUAUCCCCCUGAAGAUAGCGUUCUACAGUGACGCUGUUCGCCGGCACCCGACGCUCGGUAGCGUCAUCAAGGGUGCGAGGAUACCGCAGGGGAUGCAGGGGGAGACUUUCCUGCUCUCCCUAAUGCUCAUGGGGCCGUUGACUCACUUGGAGCAGUACGAGGCGUGUCAGGUGGGGCACAUGGAGACAGGAUGCAAGCUGAGCAACGAGACAUCCUUCUGGCUUCCCUACAUCAAGAUCCUCCCCAAGACUUUCUCUGCUCCCAUCUUCUGGAACGAAGUCGAGCGUCAGGAGCUGAAGGGGAGCCAAGUGAUGGAGAUGCUCAACGACGACUUGGCGCAAGCUCGGCGAGAGUGGGAAAUGAUGAAGAUUGUCAACUAUGAACCUGAUGAUGCCGACGUGUCGCGCCAAGACCAUCAGGACGUAUUCAUGAAACACCAUCAGACAGGCAAGGAGGAAGAGGAGGAGGAGGAGGAGGAGGAGGAGGUGGUGGUGGUGGUGGUGGAAGAGGAGGACUGGGGGCGGAAGUUUGUCAAGGACAGGAUGAUCGUUGAGUCUUAUGGAGACAAUGCAAACUAUAUGUACCUUCAGUUCUUCGGUUUCAUCCCAGAUGUCAACCCGACCGACUGCAGACAGUGA